GAGCAGAAGCUAAAACACGUUCAGGUAGGCAUAAUCGGCUGUGAACGGAAACCGAAAAGCAGUAACAGCAAUAACUCUCAGAAUCGACAACAAAAGCUACAAUGAGUUCUAAAAUUCUCCAAGAGGAACCGAAAUCUUCGGUGGCUGUCAAAAAGAGGUCCAGAGUCCCUGGGGUUAUGAUCACUCAGUUUGUAGAGCAACUUCCUGCAGGAAAAUCUACACCAGACUUUGCCCGAAAACCAAUGACUACAACUGUUCAAGAAGGUAAAAAGGCUUUUUUUAAAGCUAUGGUGAGUGGAGAGCCACCACCAACUGUUUCAUGGGGUCGCAACAAAGGUGAAAUGGAUGACCCAGAAAAGUACAGCACCAGAUAUGAUGAAAGAGCUCAAGAACAUGUGCUGGAGAUACUCAAUGUUAAACAUGACCAAGUGGACAGUUACAAGUGCUUCGCAACCAAUGAGUAUGGACAAGCAGUCUGUGCUGUUACGCUGAAUGUUAUUGACGCCUUUAAGAAGAAAACGCAAAAUGCAAAUGUGCCAAAUGGGCAGGCGGCACAAGAUUUCAGAUCAAUGCUUAAGAAAACAAAUGUAGUCACCAGAAAAAAACAACUCCCUCAACAAAAAGAGGGAGAAAUUGAUCCUAAACUCUUGGAACUGCUUUUGAGUGCACCAAAGAAAGACUAUGAAAGAAUCUGUUUGGAGUUUGGCUUUACUGACUUCCGUUGGUUACUAAAGAAACUCAAACAGAUGAAAAAGGAGAGGGAAGAUGAGCAAUCAAAGGUUGUAGAAAACCUGGAGAAUGUGAAACAAAUAGAAGUAAACCCAACUGGAAGAGCUGAAUUUAGCUUCGACAUGAAACUACGAGAUCCUAACAGUGCGAUUAAUUUAUACAAGGAUGGGACGAUGAUUCCAUAUGAUGAUGACAAAAACUCAAAGCACAGCCUUCAGAAAACUGGGAUAAACUAUCUUUUCAGCAUCAAAGACCCUCAACGAGAGGAUGCUGGAUUUUAUCAGGUGGAUGUUGAAGAGACCAAUGUUCUUACAACUGACUUUAGAGUACCUGAUGUGGAGUUUGUAGCAAAAAUCAAGGAUACAAAAGUCAUUCAAAAUGAGGAUGCCAUCUUCCAGUGUGUUUUGUCAACACCACUCAACAAAAUUGCUUGGUCAAAGGAGGAUGCAUUACUGGAACAUGGUGGUAAAUAUGAGAUCACCAUCUCAGAAGACAAACUUACUCACACACUGAGAGUAAAAGAUUGCCAAAUGGCAGAUAAGGGAGCAUAUUAUGUCAUUGCUGGCAUUACCUCCAGCAGUGCCUCACUUGCAGUCCAAGCUGAUUCAAGUGCUAGUAUGGGAACCAAAGCCAGUCAUAUGUCUAAACUGGUGUCAGAAGAGCAGAAGUUUCUAAAGAAAAGCACUGACAUGGACACACCGAAACAAACAGAGACUGAAAAUGAAAAAAAAGCAGCAGAUAGAUCAGACAAAGUUGCACAGGAAAACAUAGAAGAUGGCAAAGAAGGAACAGAUGGAGAAGAUGGGAGAGAUGGUAAAGGCAUUGGUGAUGGAACAGGCAAAAGAAAUGAAGAAGACAAGUGUGAUGAAGAUGACAAAUAUAAAAACUUGGAUGAAGAAGAUAAAAGCACAACAGAUGAUGCCAGUGAUAAGAAAAAGAAGCCAUCCAGAGCUGCUCUUUUGGUUCCAGACUCUGACUUAGAUCGAGGAGUUCAGUUUGUUAGAGGACUGUCAGAUAUAAAUGCCAAAGUUGGUGAACGAGCAGAACUGUCCUGCAAACUAAACAGUGAAACCUCUGAAGGACGUUGGUAUAAAAAUGGAAAGCUGCUGACACAGGAGGAUGGUGUAAAGAUAAUCAAAGAUGGAGCCUGUCACACAUUGAUAAUUGAAUGCUGUGAAAAAGAUGACACUGCUGUGUACUGCUUUGAGGCUGAAGGACGCAAAUCAGAGGCAACACUGAAUGUUAAAGACCCACCACAGGUUGACCCUGAUGCUUUAGGCGAAUUUACAAAUCCAGUCAUUGUUAGGGUAGGCGAGAAUGCCAAAUGGAAGCUGCCGUUCUCAGGUGGAGCACCAAUGAACAUACAGUGGUACAAGAAUGAUGACGAGCUUCUGCCUGCUGUCAAUGUGAAAAUUGAUACCUCAGAUACUGAGAGCCAGCUGCGUCUUAUCAGGUGUCAGAGGAAAGAUACUGGAGAAGUCAAAAUCAAAAUAAAGAAUGAGUUUGGCAUUAUAGAAGCAGUGUCAAGGCUUAUCGUACUUGACAAACCAACACCUCCACAAGGCCCUGUGGAGAUAAUAGAAGGUGCCGUUACUUCUGUCGAAUUCAAAUGGAAACCACCAAAAGACAACGGCGGAUGCCCUGUUACGAAAUAUAUCAUAGAACGGCAACAAGUUGGGCGAAAUAAGUGGUCAAAUCUGGGAGAGAUCCCUGGUAGCCCCAGCUACAAAGACACUGAUGUGGACCCUGGCAGAAGAUACUGCUACCGGAUAAGAGCCAAGAACGCUGAGGGAAUCAGUGAUUACCUACAGACAGGGGACAUACCAGCUGGUGUAUUACGUUAUCCUGGACCACCAGCAACACCCAAAGUAGUGAGUGCCUUCAAAGAUUGCAUCAACCUGUCAUGGUGUCCACCCUGUGACACUGGGGGAACCAAAAUAUUGGGGUACAAUUUGGAGAAGAAAAAGACAGGCACAAAUUACUGGAGCCUUGUAAACCAAAAAGGGCAGAUUACAGAUACAAAGUAUGCUGUCAAAGAUGUAUUUGAGGGUGCUGCAUAUCAAUUUAGAGUGUCUGCCAUCAACCUAUCUGGUGCUGGAGAACCCAGUUUUCCAUCUGAGGCAAUUAUUGCAAGAGAUCCCAAGAAACCUCCAGGGAAAGUGACAGACCUUAAAUUAACAUCUUCCAGCUACACUACAUUUUCACUAGCUUGGACUAAACCAAAGGAAGUGAAAGGUGUAGAAGAUGAAGCCCAGGGCUACUAUGUGGAAAUCAGACCAAUUGAGAGCCUUGAAUGGACCCGCUGUAAUGCCACUCCAAUUAGCUUAACUUCCUACACUGUGCUGGGCCUCAAGGCAAUGGCUGCAUACUGGGUGAGAGUAAUUGCCACAAAUUAUGGAGGGGAUGGAGAACCUCAAGGCUUUGAUAAUUACAUCAUCGCCAUGCCACCUCCUGUAAGGCCAAGGUUUAAGGACCGCAACAUCAAGACCUUGAUGGUGGUGAAAUCUGGAAACACUGUUCGACUCAACAUCAAUUUUGAGGCUUCCCCGAUGCCUGACAUUUCUUGGAUAAAAGAUGGAAUUCCUUUACUCAAACAUGUGACUAUAACCAACACAGAUAGAGGAUCUCAGUUGUUAAUUCCCACAUCUGAGAGGUCAGAUAGUGGCAUCUACACGAUCACUGUGAAAAACAUUGUUGGCAAGGAAAGCUUCAGUUUUGAAAUCAGAGUAACAGAUGAUCCCAAGCCUCCAGGUCCCAUAGAGUUGGAACAGAACAUUCCAGGAACGGUGACCCUCUGUUGGACUCCCUCUCCAGAUGAAAAAAGAGAUGACAGACUACACUACAUGGUAUCCAAAAGGGACUCCUUCAAACGCACUUGGAGGACAGUAGCUGACAACCUUUUUAACAACAAGUUCACAGUUGUCAACGUUAUGCCUGGACGGGAGUACUACUUCAGAGUGUUUGCGAAAAACGACAUUGGCCUGUCGCCACCAUCUGAGCCCCCAGUGUUUUCUUUAAAAAAGGAAAAAGAAAAGUUCAAAGUUGACAUGCCACAGAUCAAAGCUCUGGAUUUUAAGUCACCUCCAUCAUUCAUUAUUCCCCUAAAGAGACGCACAGCUCCAGAUGGGUAUGAAUGCUACAUGAGCUGUGCAGUAAAAGGUGAUCCAGCCCCAUAUGUGACAUGGUACCACAACAACAUCAGCCUCAACACAAACACAAACUACCAUAUAACAAACGUAUGUGGAGUCUGCUCCUUGCUCAUACUACGGGUAGGACCCAAAGACAGCGGGGAAUACAAAGUUGUCAUUGAGAACAAACUGGGGAACGCAGAGUCUUCUAUGACACUAAAUGUUAGAGAAUAAAGCGGAUCAGUAACGUCAAGAAUCAGCCUGAACCAUGAGAUUCCUCACUGCGCUUUAAAUCACUGAUUGAACCUUGUAUGAACUUUAAACUACUACACUUCUCAAUAAUGGGAGUCCACCAGUAUUUAUCAAAGAUGUAAAAUCGUAAUAAAAAAUUCCUAAGUGA